AUGUCAGAAUUGACCAAAGUUGAGAGCUUUCUGUCCAACUCGGUCUUCCCGCGAUCGAUCUCCACAACUACUAUUGCUGUAAAACUUCGUGGAUUGGUUCCCUCGGAUGACGGAGGAAAUUACCUCUGGGUCUUCCCCGAACUCGAUAAAGCGCUCGAUCCAUGGUUUGCCACGGCGGGCUUUACGCUAAUGUAUCGAACAAACCCAUUGACGAAUGAACAAGGCGGCAUCCUCGCCUUUGACACCGUUGGACCCACAGCGGCUAGGUUACUUACCCAAAUGGACUUCGCGAAGACCGCCACGGGCUCUGUUAGAUCGUUUGGGCUCAUGGGGCUCUCGGACCAAGGGGGCAGUAUCCCCGGAAGAUUCAUGAUAUCUUCAACCGCAGAGUAA